AUGGCCAUCACACUCCGUUCAGUUCUCCUGGUAAGUGCUGUCAUCUGUGCAGUCUCUGCCAAGACUCAAAAGGAUCCCGGAUCUGCCGCUGCGCCAAAGGGUCACAAUUCGCUUACCGUUGGCAUUCUUGGUGACUUUGGCUGGAGCGGAUGGAGUCCUGCCAACACCUACUUUUGCAAUGAAGUGGCGCCAGUUUUGACAGCUAAGAACAUUACAAUUCCCCGGGAACUACAGAAUGACUGUGACGCCGGCGACAGGGCAGCCGCGCAAAAUGCUUCAGCGGCUCAAGUAUCAACGGCCAGUUACAUCAAGAAUAUUUGCACAAUGAAGAACUGCUCUGCAUUCAUCUCAGUUGGGGACAAUUUCUACGACAGCGGUGUUGGCUUUACUACCACCGGCGUCAACCGCUUCCAAGAGACGUGGGUAGAUAUGUACUCUCAAGGUAUCUAUGAGAACGCCACCUGGUACCAGUGCCUUGGCAACCAUGACAUCGUCUAUGGCCAAGCAGGUGUUGAUUUCGAGACCAAGAUUGCCCCGUUGUAUGAUGACCGAUGGUACUUUGGCACUGAAGGACUCCCUUAUUACACCUAUGAUAUUGUUGGUCAAGACUGGACGGCAACCUUUGUCGUCGUUGAUUCAGAUUGCUUCAUUGAGAAGUACCAGAAGAGCAGCUCUGUCUACCAGAAUGGGUAUACAACCUCAUGCUACAAAGAGAAACAAACUCAGGUCGACUUUGUGACUCAAGCCUUUGCCAAGUCCACGGCUGACUGGAAGUUCUUGCAAAUCCAUCACGGUUUCCUGUCAUCAAGCACCAACUAUACUGAGCUUUGGCCACUCGUCUCGGUCGCGGAGAAACACAACGGUAUUGUCUUGAACGGUCACGAUCACUGUGCUGCACACUACGUUGGUAACAAAACAAACUUUGUUCUUUCCGGUGCUGCUGGUUAUCCUGAGGCUGGGGAUUGUAACAAUGGAGUUUCCUUGGGCUCAUUCGUCAAGUUCCUUGGAGCCGAUGCUGCGGGUGCAGGUAACGGGUUCGUCACCUUGGACAUUAGCUCCAAGGAGCUGGUAUUUGAGUACUACAUUCGUGACAUGGAGUAUGAAGGCGGAGAUUUGUAUCCUGUCAAGGAUGAUACGAAGCCCUCGUAUUCCUUCACUGUAAAGGACAAGGCCAAAUAG